UCUCUGUCUGGAAGCGUCUCUGGUCGCGGCAGGGAGGGACUUGCGCGCAACAAGUCCGAGGACGCAGCUGCGACUGAUGGGAGCGAAUGACAGCGACUCUCCUCAACAAGUGUGUCCGAGCCAGGAAGCGGGAUUUAAACGGAAAAAUAUAUGUACAGUAAACCUUCUCACGGGCGAGUACCAUCUCCGGAGGAGUUUUGCGCUUUAAAGACGCGCUUUUGGAGGCGGAAACAGAAGGUGUCGGGAUGUGACAUGACUCGCCGGAGACGCUGGCGGGACGUCACCUGAGGGUCCGCGCAGCCAUGAGGCUGCUCCGCGCGCUUCUGCUUGUGUGGGUGCUGGAGUUCGGCUGGGCCAACAGGAACUGUCCCGACCUGAUUGUCGACACUUGUCACUGUUCGGCGGAGCGAUCCAAAGAGCUGAGCCGCCACCAAGUUCGGGUCAAAGUCGUGUGCGAUGACGCGGACCUGUUGGAGACCCUGCACCCCAGCUUCUUACCCAACAGAACCGUCUCCCUAAAUCUGAGCAACAACAAGAUCUCCCUGUUGAGGAACGGCUCCUUCUACGGCUUAGCAGCGCUGGAAAAACUGGAUCUGAGGAAUAAUUUGAUAAGCACAGUGGAGCCCUGGGCUUUCCGUGGUCUGCUGGCUCUGAAGAGACUAGACCUCUCCGACAACAGGAUCGGCUGCCUCUCGUCGGAAAUGUUCGCGGAUCUUGGCAACCUCUCGAAAUUAAAUCUGUCCGGGAACAUCUUCUCCACUUUGACGGCGGGACUCUUCACGCACCUUGCUGCUCUGAGAGUCCUGCACUUCAGCACGGAGACGCUGUUUUGUGACUGUCAACUCAAGUGGCUGCUCGUGUGGGUCAGAAGCAACUCUGUGAGGAUCGGCAACGACACCGUGUGCGUGUUCCCCACUCACCUUCAUGGCCUGCAGUUUCGGAACCUACGUGACCAGCAGCUCCGAUGUGCAGAUGGAUCUCUGGAGAUGCCGCUGUUCCAGUUGAUCCCCUCCCAGAGGCAGCUGGUCUUUCAGGGAGACCGGCUUCCCCUCCAGUGCACCGCCACCUACCUUGAUGCCUCGGUUGAGCUACGCUGGCGCCACAACGGCCGCGCUGUGACCACACAGGAGGAGCGAGGCGUCUACCUGGAGAAAACCUUGCUACAUGACUGUUGCUUGCUGACAAGCGAGGUCGUCCUCUCCAAUAUAGAAGUCGGCAUCGCCGGCUUCUGGGAAUGCGUGGUAACCAGUUCCCGUGGCAACGCAUCCCUGCAAAUGGAGAUCGUAGUUCUUGAAACGUCGGCGCCGUACUGCCCAGCUGACAGAGUCACCAACAACAAGGGAGACUUCAGGUGGCCGAAGACGCUCGCUGGCAUCCUGGCCUUCCAGCCCUGCGCCCCUGCCACUUUUGGCUCCGCCCCUCACCCAUCUGGCACGGUGUCGCACCGCUCCACCCCAAGGGAGAAGAAGGCCUGGCGCCGCUGUGACCGGACCGGCCGGUGGGACCAGGAGGACUACACUCAGUGCCCGUACGCCAGCGAACUCACCCGUGUGUUGCAUGAGCUCACGCAGAUCACUCUGAACACCACCAACGCCCGACCUCUGGGCCGGCAGCUUGUGGCGUUCACCAGCAAGGCCGCUCACUUCACUGACGUCAUGGACGUGAUCUUCGUCACCCACCUGGUGGAGAGACUCACCAGGUUGGUGGAGAAGCGCAGGGAGCUGGGAGACUACAUAUCCGACAUAGCCAGCAACAUGAUGCUUGUGGAGGAGCAUAUCCUGUGGAUGGCUCAGAACGAAGCACGGGCGUGCACUCGCAUCGUCCGGUGCGUGGAGCGCAUCGCCGACCUGACCCUGACCAGAGAGAACCGGGUCCUGUCCAAGGUGUCUGCAAACAUCGCUCUGGAGGCCUUCCUCAUUCGACCGUCCAACUUCCUGGGCCUGUCCUGCACCGCCCUCCAGCUCCCGCCUCCUCAACACGACUCGCACAAAGAGAUGACGGGGGAGUCGGACGCCACGAGGGAGUCUUUACUCAACUUCAAAUGCCACACCGUCAACAGCAGCAGCCCACCGGCCAGCCAGCUCAGCAGGAACUCAGUGGCGGUCGCCUCGAUCCAUUUACCGCUGGCUGACACGCACAUCUCCUCCUCUGCGCUGCAAUCUGUUGAUAACUCCACUUGCAGACUGCAGUUUAUAGUCUUUCGCAAUGGGAAACUCUUUCCGUGCACGGGGAAUUCGUCAAAUCUGGCAGACGAUGGGAAGCGCCGGAGCGUCUCGACACCAGUUGCUUUCACCAAAUUAGAUGGUUGCAGCUUCGGAGGCGCCGUGCGCACCGUCACUAUUGCUCUUAGGCACUUCGCACUGGGCGUAGAUCCCACCGCAGCCUACUGGGAUUUUGACCUGCUGGAUGGACACGGUGGCUGGAGGGCAGAGGGCUGCCACAUAACCGGCUCCAGGGGCAACACGACCACCAUUCAUUGCACCCACCACAAUAACUUUGCAGUGCUGAUGGAUCUGAAGAAGGUGCUUCCAUUCCCCCCGUAUCCUGGGGAGUUCUUGCACCCGGUCGUGUAUGCCUGCACGGCGGUCAUGUUGCUCUGCCUCUUUGCCUCCAUCAUCACCUACAUAGUUCACCACAGCGCAAUCCGCAUCAGUCGUAAGGGAUGGCAUAUGCUCCUCAACUUCUGCUUCCACACGGCUCUGACCUUCGCUGUGUUUGCCGGCGGCAUCAAUCGAAUCAAAUACCCCAUCAUCUGUCAAGCAGUUGGGGUCGUGCUGCACUACUCAUCUCUGUCCACCAUGCUGUGGCUCGGGGUGACGGCCAGGAACAUCUACAAACAGGUUACCAAGAAACCGCCACAGAGCCAAGACGCCGACCAGCCUCCUCCUACCAAGCAGACGCUGUUGAGGUUUUAUUUAGUCAGCGGUGGAGUGCCUCUCAUCAUCUGUGGGGUCACAGCAGCCGUCAAUAUUGACAACUACGGCAGCGGAGAGCAGGCGGCGUUCUGCUGGAUGGCGUGGGAGCCGAGUCUGGGCGCCUUCUUUGGCCCGGUGGCCUUCAUCUUCUUAGUGACAUGCAUCUACUUCCUGUGCACCUUCCUCCAGCUGCGGCGCCACCCUGAGAAGAAGUAUGAGCUCAAGCAGCUGUCGGAGGAGCAGCACCGGUUGGCUUCCAUCGACAUUCCGACCCACUGCCACCAGAGCGCGGAGCCUGCGGCGCUAACGUCACCACCCGGUGGGAGUAGCUGCCCGGCAGGGUGCCCGGGGGUCCCUAUCAAUCCAGCGCUCCUGGCUAAUGAGCACUCCUUCAGGGCUCAGUUACACACGGCGGCCUUCACGCUCUUCCUCUUCCUGGCCACGUGGACCUUUGGGGCGCUCGCUGUGACACAGGGUCAUUUCCUGGAUAUGAUCUUCAGUUGCCUGUACGGUGCCUUCUCUGUCACCCUUGGCCUCUUCAUCCUCAUCCAUCACUGUGCGAAGCGCGAUGAUGUCUGGCACUGCUGGUGCUCCUGUUGCCCUGGACGCCGAGCCAAUGCCUGCCCACAGGGGGCCGCUGCGGCUCGGCCCAAGGUCAACGUGAACGGGGACACACCGGGGCACAGUCACGGCCACAGCCACUGCCACCAUGACUCCCCAUGUCAAGGGAAAACUUUGAUGAGCUGCAGCGUGGCUCACUGCAAACACGCCACUCUUCCGUCCUCGCAGAACCAUGUGGUGUGUCUGGCGCCGGUGACGCCGUGCUGUGCCGCGCUGCACAGCCAGCAGCUGAUGGAGGAGGAACCUACCGCCACGCACGUCCUGCUCCACGCCGAUCCAGAGGGUUACCGCCCGGGAAUCCAGCUGCACUCCUGCCUCAAGAGCAGCACUAGGACUAAGAGCCGCCAUUUUAGCCGGCGAGCGGGAUCGGGUACUUGCAGCGCAGGAGGGGAGAGGGAGUUUGCAUAUCACAUCUCCUCGAGCGCGGACGGAGGCAGCGUGCACAGCUCGCACACUGACAGCCCACACAGCACGCACGAGCAUCACACCCACAUCUGUCCACACAUGGCUCACGAGGGCCACAUGGAGGGUCAUCACACGUGUCACGCCACUGCCGCACACGAGGCGCUGGCGUGCCACAACCCCUGCCACCGACACAUCUGCUGCGCCAAGGCAGACCUUUUCCCUUCCCUGUGCCCGGCUGAGACCAGCGACACGGGCGUUUUACUGUGCGGCUGCAGCAAAGCGGCCGAGGAGGAACCAAUGGCGACGCAUCACCAUUUGGAGUUGCACGCCCCGCGCAGACAAUCCUUCCCACAGAACCCUCCCAAUCAGAACGGAAUUCUAAAGGGAGGUCUGCACGAAGGACUCCUGUACAGCUCGGACAGCACGGGGAAUAUACGCACUGGACCGUGGAAGAAUGAAACUACUGUGUAGUCGGGGAUAGCCUCCUGCUUUAUAGAAUUAAAUGAGUUUAUUAACAACCGAAUCGUCACAAUCAGCGUGAAAUGCUCUUAUUUUUAACGUGCUCAUCUUUCUAUGUGUGCUGUUCUAAUGUACAGAAUUCUCAUGUAAAAAUGCUCCCGGAAGAGCAGCCAUCCAUGAACCGAAUUUUGUGAUCCGUGUCUCAUCCAGCCAUCCGUUGUAACUGAGGGUUAAUUCCAAAAGAUCCAUAAUAAUACAGAGCUCUCUCUAUAUACUAUAUAUACAAGAAAACCAACCGUUGUAUGUAUGAAUUUGUGUGUUUGUGCUCCGAAACCACACUUUUUCUUUUUUUUUUUUUUACUCUUCCAAUCUAUCAGCGGUGAACCUCCGGAUUUUAAGGACUCCACGUUGUAGGUGACUAAACCAGCAAAUCUAGAUUUCAUGGCUAUUUUUGCCUUCCAGACAAGAAACUGUGAAUAUCUGAUAGUUUUUAUAUAAAUAUCUAUACAUAUAUCUAUGAAGUACAACUAAAGAAGAAACUGCUUGAAGAGUGGAUCCCAGUCAAACCAGGAGAGUUGAGUUGUCUUGAUUUUGCUGUUUGUAUGAUGUCACCAAUGUGUUUCUUUUGUUUUGGAGAGAAGUAAAAAUACAGCAACAUCCACGUGACGGCUAUGUCUGCUUCCUGCCCAGGACUGGUUUUAUUUACCUGGAACACACAAGGUGCACUUUCACAUUCUGCUGCAACUUUCCUAAGGCAUACGGAUGAGAUGCUUCUUGAAAUUCGUUGGUGUAUGUUGGUGGUAUUGUUCUGUUGUCUUUGUUUUCCUUUUGGAUCAAGUACUGGGUUUGGCCCGACAACAUUCGACUCAUUCGUCUGUUGGCUUGUGAUCGAAGCUGGUCCGUUUUGCCGUGCAGCCAUAUGAAACUGUGAAGCUACCUGUAAAGCAGAAGGCAAUUCCUGGAGCUCAAAGCCGGCGUGCCGUUUUAAUUGUGUGCGUUUAAGUCUGUCUUUGGUUGCGGAAUCUUCCCUGCCCUGAUGAAACUGCUGUGUCACAUGAUUAGAAAUCCUCAUCGAUCAUCUUCACCAAUCGAUAUCCAGAAGCUUUAAUGGAUGGCAGAGGACAUAAAAGAUGCUAUCUAUUGAUUUCUCUUUUUUUUUCUCAGUUUGUUUUCCGUGAAUGAUGAGCGCGUGUGUGAAAUACAGCCGUUUCAGGAACAUUUCAAGGAAGCCACAACAUCCAGGAAUUCUCGCGGCAAACCCUGUUCUGCGCAGAACAGAAGGAACAUCCAGGAACUAGGAGUUAGAUCCACCCUUCCUCUGCACUCCUGUGUGUACAGAACUGCUCUGGCUCAUUUAUUUGCUGUGAGAUUCAUGGUAUUUUAUUUAUGAAUAAAAUAUGUCUGCGCAGCGUGGGGCACACAGCCUUUCAAGACAAGACAUCUUUGGCUUACCGCGAAGAAGCGUGUAGCAAUGUGAAACCUUCUGACUCACGCUACUGUAUAUAGCUGACACAAGUAUGAAAGAGCGAGUUAAAUUUGUCUCAACUUCUGAGCAGUGUCCCGCCGGCACCCGCCUGCUCAUUAGUGGGCGGUUAUCUACAGGUAGCUCUAAAAGUAGCAGGAACAACACCAGUAAAUCACUUCUACUUAACUCAAACGCUUGGUGUUUGCUGCUUGGGGUGUUUCCGCCUCUUCCAAAACAGGAUAUUGUCUGGUUGGAUCUCAUCUUAGCCCCUCAUUUGCAUGUAUGCAACCACUGGAAAAUGAAAGGCUCAUCCCCCGUUUUCAAGAUACAAAGGUGGGUUAGGAUUGUUUUUCAAAGCUGCUGUCUAUCAGAGUUGCUGAUGUGGAGCUCUGCCAUCUUCACGUUAGGUUAGAUGAAACACCGUAAGAAUAUCACUGAGGUUUGGUAUCACCAGUUCAGAGUCCGCCUUCUCGAAACAAGUUCAGUGGGCUCUGGUUGGAAACUCUGGCGACUGUGGUGCUCAACCACCAGGAUGAGCUGCCUGGUUGGCUUCCUCUGUGAUACUGA